AGACUGUCGGGGGACGAGAUGUAUACAAAAUGAAGCUUGCGCUAAAAUUAAACUACAAUCGAAUGUACAUGUACAUCAUCCUGACUCUAUGGUGCAUAUGAACCCAUCGUUCCCCCCGCUUCAAUUUUUAUACUUAAAUCGUUGCCAGGGCACUCGAGUCGAGUGUUGAGAACGAUAAAAACGGGCCUUUUGAACAUUUUUGGGACGGUGUCCAAAAAGGUUUGGUUUGGAUGGAGCAAGAAAAGCAGGUCAGAAACAGGAGGUCGUUGCAUAUUACUAUGUUGCCCGUGUCGCACGACAAACAACGGAUCGCCCUUCUCUUCCGUGCAAUAAAGCCAUCAAUAUCACACUCCAAAGGGGACACACACACACACACACACACACAAAAAAAAUGGGGAAGUUUCCAGCCUUUAUUUUGACUGCAGCGCCCAUAGAACAACGUUGAAACGAGCGAAACAGCAGAGAUCUCUUGCCAAAACGCAUCUCCAACACGCUAUGGUAUCGCCAUUAACGGUGCGACUACAAGUCUGCAUUUACAUUUGACUCUCCUCUUCGUAUCCAAAGCAAAACGAACAAUUCCCGUUUGCAAAUGCGAGGAAAAAGGAUCGGUUGUCACUAAAGAAGCGACAGCAAAUGAUUAGAACAUGUAAAUACGUGUCUUUAGAUAGACGUUUUAGGAGAAAUCUCUCGAGAUGCAUCGCGUAUAUCCGUGGGAUGGCCGAAAUCAAAUUAUUUUUUUUUUUUUACGAAAUGACAUUGAAGCGCCCAACAAACGGCCGUGAUGAAGCAUUCGUCACAAUUGGCUACAAAAAGAUGAAAAAAACGUCAUCGGGAAACUGUGGCUUUAUGAUGGCGUCCUGCUCAGAUAGCAAACGAAACGAUAAGCAACGCAAAGGUGUGGUUUAAAAAAUACAAAAAAACAAACACAAAAAGCAAUUUUUUAAAGGAACAAACAAGAAGGCGGAGGGGCGGAGAUUAAGGAAUCAGAGACGAAAGAAAAAAUGUCGGGCCGAACCCGACCCAAGUAGAAACCGAACCACUCAUCAGAGUGAAACCGCCGUUCAGCUUCGAUGCACGCCAGUAAAAAUUAAAUACAAAAAAAAAAGGGAGUUGGAUUGUUCAGUUACGUUAGUGGUUCCAACAUUAUUGCGCAUACCGUGGUCGCAACAUGAAGUGCGGAUUAGAUUUUUUCCACGCCCUGCUCGUGCUAAUCGCCUUGCUGACACCUGGAUUGAAUUCAACUAAACUCUAUCUCGAUGAAGUGUUGGCAGACGCCAUCGAGAAGUUGUUUGGUGCUGUUGUCCAGGACGAAUUUACCGAACUGAUCGACAAUUGCCCCGAUGCCUCUACAUCGCUCAAGAGGACUGGCGACUGUAUCAACGAUCGAAAUUUAUCUUACGAACGCUUCAGCUCUGCUUCUCCGGAUACCGUCUACGUCAAACAGAUAUGCGAUGACCUCUCGGCUGUUGGCAAAUGCUUUGAAUCAGUAAUCGAAGCCUUGGAAUCGUGCAGCGGAGACAGUCGAGAAAUUCCAAAGAAAAAUAUUAAUGCAGUCGGUGCGGCAUUGAACGCCGCACUCGACUAUUUUUGUAAAGACGGCGGCUCCAAAUUGAACGAAUUUUUCAAACAAGGAUUUCCUCAAUGUUUUGUCAGACGACCCGGGAGGCAUUUGGCACGAUGUUUUCCUGGAAGAACUGCUGGACAGGCGGCUGACAGUCAUCGAAAUAUUAAUUACUGGGGAACCAUCGCAGAGGAAAAUGAUUUCUUUAAUGCGCACAAUUGCAUGUUACUGAGGAAUCACACAAAUUGCGCUGUUGGGACUCUUCAAAAAUGCUCAAAGAAUGGCGUCGACGUCUUCCAGGGCGCUAUCGAUACCGUCAUGGACCACUUAAUGUGCGUCGACGGGAAACCGGAAACACAAGAAAACAGUGAAAUGGACGGAGUCGGAGCGAUUCAUCCCGUUUUUUUAUCGAUAAUGUCGGCAUUAGUCUGCGUCGAGAUCCGUCGUUGGCUAUCGGCCAAGUCGUUCUGAGCUGCGCCACGUAAAUACUUGUAUGCAAAUAUGACAAGCCCCAUUUUUACAGCCGUUUAAAAAGGGGGAUUGGCAUGGAGAAAGAUUAUGUCACUGCGACGACGAGAAAACAAAAUGGAUUGAACAAACUGCCGAGUGAGAGGAUGGACUGACAAGUUCUUCCCCCUUUUUUUUUUUAUCUCUAUCUUUUUUUUUAAAUUGCCAAGUGAAGCGAUUCUAAAGACGCAACUGCCUAUAACAACGUGCCUUAUAUUCGCCUAUUUCUUGUGUUUGUAUGAUUUACUUUUCAUGUCAAACUCAAUGAUCCAUGUUGUGAUUAUUGUAGAUCAUCGCUCUCUAUCUCUCUAAUCGAGCGUCCACUCAACGGUAAAAGCGUAGAGGGGAAAAACAGAGUCGAAUAGCCGUAAAAAUGGCUCUUAACAUAAUUUGCUAGCCGUGAAAUCUAAAAACAUUUUCAUUGAAAAAUACAAUGCCUCAAUCCACACA